AUGUUAAAAUAAAAUGAAGAAAAUGAAAUACCAUUUAAUGGUGAAUUUGAGGAUAGUGAAGAAGAAUCAGAAGAGUUUUCUGAGGAAGACUCCGAAGAUGACGAGUUAUAGAAUAAGAGAAAGAAGAAAAGAAAAUAAUUAGUUAAUAAUAACAAAAGAUUGAUUAUGAAUGUAUCAGACACCUAAUAUGCUGCUGUUAAAUUCGUGGGCAAAAUCUUAAACAAGUUCUAGUUGCAAUACACUCCCUAUUUAGAAACCUAAGUAUGGGAUUUCUGUUGGACCGAUAAUGCAGUGCUACCUGAAACUCUGGCGAGAAUGUAAAGCCAUUAAAGAAUUAAUCAUUUUCCUGGAAUGUACUGCAUAGCCAGAAAGAACUAUUUAGGCAAAAAUUUAAAUAAAAUGGCUAAACAGUUUCCAGAGGAAUUUGAUUUUUAUCCUAAAACUUGGAUGCUGCCUUCUGAUAUUUCAGAUCUUAGACAAAACAUAGGAAAAAUUAAAUAUUUUAUUGUUAAACCAGAGGCAUCAUGUUAAGGAAGAGGCAUAUUUUUGACCAAAUAAGUUGAAUCUAUAGCAUCUGAACAUUGUGUAGUCUAGAGAUAUCUACAUAAACCCUUGUUAAUAGAUGGGUUAAAAUUUGACUUUCGCAUGUAUGUUUUAUUGGCAGGUUGUGAUCCACUAAGAAUAUACCUAUUUAAAGAAGGAUUAGCCAGAUUUGCUACACAACCAUACUAAUUGCCCAAUCAAAUGAAUGCUGAAGAAAUGUGUAUGCAUCUGACCAAUUAUGCAAUCAAUAAAGAUAACCCUAAUUUUGUAUUCAACACGGAUGAAAAAUAGUUGGAUGUGGGACAUAAAAGAAGUCUGUCUAGUGUUUUUAAAUUGUUGUCUGAAUAAACUAAUAUCGAUGAAUUGAUGGCAAAAAUAAAGGAUUUAAUUAUUAAAACGUUUUGUUCAGUAUAACCUUUUCUGCAAUCCAACUACACUCAACCUGAUAACUAUGCUAACAACAUGUGUUUUGAGAUCUUGGGAUUCGAUAUCAUAAUUGACAAUGCAUAUAAACCCUAUUUAUUAGAGGUGAAUCAUACACCAAGUUUCACUGCAGACACUCCUCUAGAUGCUCUCAUUAAAAAGAAUCUGAUAAGAGACACUAUUACACUUAUGAAUAUCAAUUUAAAAGUUAAAAAUGACCUGUAGCAAUUGUAAAAAGAGUAGAUGCAAAGAAGAGUGCUUGGAAAAAAACCUAAGCUUUCUAAUGAGGAAAAGAAAUCUCUCAAAUUAUAAGCUUAAGUAGAAAGAGAAUAAUAUGAAUCUCAACACUUGGGAAAUUUCGAAAAGAUAUACCCUUGUGAUAAAUCUUAUGAUGAAUAUUUAUAGCAUGCUUAAAAAAUAUAUGAAGAAUGGACAGGAGCAAAUAUUCGCAGAAAUGUUAAAAAAGAUAAUGCAACUGAGAGAGACAAAUUGCCAUAGCAAAGACAGUUAUAACACUCUAUUACUAUUUAAGGGUCAAUUGAUUCUAACAAUAAACCAUCGAUGGAUCCAGCUAAACCAUCCAUUCGAAAGAGUUUAUAUAAACAUGUACAUAGCAAAGUAUUUUCUAAUAUCAACCCAUAAAAAUCAAUGACAGAAUUACCUUAAUAAUAAUAACCCAUCGAAUAUAAAUUAUAAGAUGGAAACGAUAAUGAAAUUGCAAUUGAAGACUAAUAAAAUAAUUAUAAAUAAUAAGAGAAGAUUGAUAGAUCUAAAAGACCUCCUUCAUUUUAUGUUAUGAAAUCAGUAAAAUAAGGCUCAGAAUUAUAAUUAGUAGAUUUAUUCAACUAUAAAAGAAUUAGUAUUCCUGAGACUUCUCCCCAAUCCUAGCCAAUUAUGUUAUAAUAACAAUCUUUGCAGAUUUCAUAACAAUAAUAAUAAUAAUCUCCAAAUUUUAAAUCAGCUACCCAAUUGGCUAGACAUUUUUCCAUUCGCAAAACUAAUAAGAGUAAAUUGAAGCCGAGCGAAAGUGAUCAAGAAGCUAAAAAAGAUCUGAUUCAAGCAGUAAAUCAAUACUCUUAAUUUUAAUAAUAAUAAUAAUAAUAAUCCUUUUUCUAAUCUUAAUAACAACAUUUAUAAAAUUAAUAACAACAACCGAAUGGAUCUUUUGUUAAACCAAAAGUAUUUAACUUAAAAUUGUAACCACCCCAUUUUAAAAUACCCUCUCUUCCAAUAUUAAUGCAACAAUAAAAUUACUAUAAAUUUAGAUAUGAUUGA